GCCUCCAUUUUAUACCAUUAUAAACAUCAAGUGAAAUGGACUUGUCUCAGUGCUAAAAUGUGAUUGUUGACGCUUCCCCCUCUCUGUUAUACGUAGAGAGACUGAAGGAUCAAGGCUCAGAAAACAGUAAAGGAUGUGCUCUUCAACGUAUACACUGUGUAUGCUCUUCAGUCUCUGGGCCUCAUGCUUGUGCCACACACUUGUAACCGUGGGACCCUGUGUGGCCGAUACAGAGGAGGCUACAUUUGACUGCAGCAGACGUAACCUCACAUCCAUACCCCAGCAGAUAUGGCCAAACGUGACUGAGCUGGACCUCUCAGAGAACCACCUACAUUUAUUACACACUAAAAUCCUAAAGAAGUUAAAGCACUUCAAGCAUUUGGUCAAGUUCAAUUUAUCAGCAAAUUACCUCCCCCUGCUGGUAAAGCAGCACUUCUACCACCUCCCCUCUCUGGAAAUACUGGACCUCAGUGGAUGCAAGUUGGCUGCAGUCAAGCCCGAAGCUCUGCUCAGCUUCCCCAGACUGCAGAAGCUGUUUUUAGAUAACGAUGUUCUACAAACCCCAGUGCCUGCUGUACUUCGACUUCAUGGAUGGAUUGAGGUUUUAGAUCACACCAGUAAUCUUCAUGGAAGUGACAAGCCCAAAGAGGUGGUGCAAGCUGGUUGGAGAAGGAAGAGACAUUCUGGUGAGGAUUUCAACAUGGACACCAAUGGUCUAUUCCUACGUAAAUUACUGGUAGUCUCAGAAAACACAGAAACCAGAAACACUACAGGUGACAAUGAAAAAAGGUCUCCAGACGCCUGGAAGUACCUUGUGGCAGCUCUGGUGACAGCCAUCAGUCUCUCUGUGCUCAUCACAAUUGGGGCAAAGUGUAAACUUAUCCAUCGGUAUUGGGCCAGCUACAGGCACUCGAGGCUCAGUGAGGGAGAUGGGGCGAGUCAGUGUGACCCUGCGAAUUUCGAAGUGGGAUUCUCCAGCCACGGCAACAUCCCAAAUUCAAACAUGGUAAACAGGCACAUGGAGGAUGAUGAUGAUGGAUUUAUUGAAGACAACUACAUUCAAGCAAGUGAGAGGGAAAGAGCAGAGCGAGAGGUUGAUCACUGGCAGGAGGAUGAUGAGGAUGAAGAUGAGGGUGAGGAUAUGGAAGAGUUCAGCAUUGGAUAAACAAAAACAUGAGCUGCGUAUCAUGUCUCCUUGGGACUAUUUUUAAUCUUAUCACUGCUCCUGAAGGAAUUUUGACUAAUUCUGUCUCUUCCUGCAGGUAUUAUGGUUUAAACUUGCACAUAAAAAAAAUCUGACAAAAGCUGUCGAAAAAUACUGUAAAAACCAAUGUGUAAUUUAAACCGUUAUGAUCCUUACCAGGAUAAACCAGUUACUGAUGACAAAAUAAAGGAAGGCAAAAAAUGUCACCCAGUGUCACAGUUAGCACCAUAAGCACAACAUAUGCACUGUAUAAGAACUGGAUAAUAAAUUUUAAUGAGCCUUUGGGUGUCCUACAAGCUUCACGACCGCCCACUCCCACCCACAAAAAUUAAUGUUAAGCAACAUUUACUAGGCGUUGCAGGAGACUGGUCUCCCUUUAGUGUGAAAUCUUCUACUGUAAAAUUGAAUGUGGUACCUACAGUAGCAGCUGGACUUGAUUAUCCUACAAAUUGAAUUUUUACCUUAAACAUUCAAAGAUUUUUAUACUUUAACAUGUUGUGUAAUGAUUUAAUGGCUAACACUCUAUCUCUUUAUGAUUUAAGAUUUUUUUGUCAAUAUUAAUAAAUCGCCACACUUAUCUCCUAA